CGGCGCUCUUCCGCAGAAUCAGAUCCUUGCACACAGCCGCAGCACCGGGAGGAUGGAUGGAGCGGGCUCGUUUGGAGCGGGCCGAGCCGGUUCGGCCUUUGAUCUGGUUGCGUUCGUCAAACAACCACAGACAAUCCUAAGAGCGUUGGCAUGGAUUUUCUCCAUGGUGGUCUUUGCGUCUAUAAUAAAUGAGGGCUAUGUGAAUAUGGGUAGCGAGCGGCUGCAUUGUGUGUUUAACAAGAACGCAGAUGCCUGUAACUACGCCAUAACUAUAGGAAUUAUGGCGUUCUUAGCAAGCGUCUUGUUUCUGGCCCUGGACGUCUACUUUCCUCAGAUCAGCAGCGUCAAAGAUAGAAAGAGAGCAGUGCUGCUGGAGAUUGCUUUUUCAGGAUUCUGGACGUUCCUUUGGUUUGUAGGAUUCUGCUUUUUGGCCAAUCAGUGGAGUCGUACGUCUGAUAAGGAGCUUCCUCUGGAACAGGCUUCAGACGCUGCACGAGCUGCUAUUGCUUUCUCUUUCUUCUCCAUCCUGACCUGGGCGGGGCUCACGGUGUGUGCAGUUCAGCGGUUCCUGCUGGGCACCGACAUGACCCUGUUCACCAGCGAGCAAGUGGUCAACCAGCCACCCAAGCAGACGUACCCAUCCAAUGAUGUCAUCGGUCAGACCACCAUCCCCGUCAAUGCCUACCAGAGUCCACCGCUCAUCGAAACUGUGGAGACCCGGCCACCUGGAUACAAGGUCCCACCUGCGUUUUAAUCCACAGCCAAUCAGAAGCAGCGCUGAAGGACAGAGUAUAGAGUGCCGUCAAUGUUAGCUAAAUGUAUUGUAUUGCAUUUUAGUAGUGAGGAGGCGAGGGGAAGAUGCUCAGCUCUGUAGUACAAUACUCACUAUUAUACACGAUCCAACCAUUAUGUAAUCUCACCUUUACUAAUGUUACGGGACAGUGAUUGAUUGCCAUCGCCUGCUCGAAAUAUUUACAUCAUCCAAAUUUAGUCAGAAAAGCAUUUACACGUCUUAUUUAUGCAAGGUAAUUAAAUAAAGGCACACUUACUAUGGACGCUGUUGGUAUGGACGCAUUUUUCACUGAAAACUGAGAGAAAAUGUGACGAGUAACAAUAAUACUGAAAAUACUGAAAUCUUUUUUAGUGUUUUCAUUGAGUAUUCUGGCUUAGAAACUUAUAAAUUAUAGUUAAACUAUAAAUGGUAUUACAUUCUGAAGCAGUAAGAACAUCUCAACUUCUCAAACAUUUUUACUGGCAAACAUCUUCAUGACUAAACAAGGAAACUGCGAGUUAAGUUAAAUUAAACAUAAUUUUUUUUUUGUAGAAAGAUUGACAUCAUUUUACUGUGUCACUAAAAAAAGACCAAAGUUUUAUCUAAAAACGACAAGUAACAUUAAAAUAAUGGUGAUAUUUUAAAGUGAAAAAACUGAAAUCUUUUUAGUUCUGUCACUGAAUGUUCUGGUAACUUACAAAUUAUAUCAAUUAUAAUAAAAUUCAAUUUUGAAGCAGAAAGACAGUCUUUUCUUCUCACACAUUGUCACUACGAAACAUUUGCCCGAUUAAACAAGGAAACUGCAAGGUAAAUUAAAUUAAACCUGAUUUCUUUCAAACAGAAAGAUGGAUUUUUACUGUGUUCACUGUAAAAAAAAGACAAAAAUUUUACUUAAUAAUGUCAAGUGACAUUGAAAUAAUGGUGAUAUUUUAAAGGGGAAAAAAAAAACUGAAAUCUUGUCUUCUCAUACAAAUGGUUACAUUCCUGUUACAUAUUUUUUUCUAGGAAACAUUUUCAAGAUUGAAAUUAAACCUGAUUUUUUUUAAAGUAGAAGAUUGACAUUAUUAUUCUGUUUUCACUGAAGAUUUCACUUUAAAAUAUCACCAUUAUUUUUAUGUUACUUGUAGUUUUUAAGUGAAACAAUGAAAUAUUUUAGUGUUUUCACUGCGUUAUCUGGCAUAGAAACUUACAAAUUAUAUUCAAUGUUGAAGCAGAAAAACUGUUUUUUUUUCUUGUUGCACAUUUUCACUAGCAAAAAAAAAACUCACAAAGUGACAACAAAUGGACUUAAAACAUAGAUAUACAAAACACUCUCUUCUAAAUAAACAAAUUAAUAAAUAAAUGAAUGAAAGAAUGAAUGAUUGAAUGAAUGAAUGAAUGAAUGAAUGAAUGAAUGAAUGAAUGAAUAAAUAAAUAAAUGAUCAAUCUCUUCAAGUGUCCAGCCUGAUUUAGUGUCAGAUAGUUAAGUGGUCCAGUAAGCUGACUGGAUGUCACUAGCCAAUCUGGAGGCUGUAUAGAAACUUAUAAAUGAUAUGAGUGAUAAUUAAAUUAUAAAUGACAUUACAUUUUGAAGCAGAAUGACAGCUUUCUCUUCUAAAAACAUUUUUACUAGGAAACGUUUACACAAUUCAGAAAAUCGCAAACAACAUCAUUAAUUGAACAUGAUUUUUUUAAAGUAGAAAGAUUAACAGCGUUCUACUGUUCACUGAAAAAACACAAAGGUUUCACUUUAAAAGAUCGCCAUCAUUUCAAUGUUAGUUGUAGUUUUCAUGUGAAACUUUAAAAGUAAACUGAAUAAUCCGGCAUAUAAAUUACAUGAAUUAUAAUUAAAAUACAAAAAAUGUUUUACUCGUCACAUUUUCACUAGGAAACAUGAAAAUAAACAUGAUUUUUUAAAGUAGAAAUAUUGAUUGAAAAAACAAGUUUCACCUAAAAACUAAAAGUGUUAUUGAAUUAGACAUGAAAUGUAUAGAAAGACUGAAACUGUAUUUUAUUCUUAAACAUAUUCCAACACUCUUUGUUUUAUUUACAACUUAAAAUAUUUUUAUAGCCUACUAAUGAUGACCAAUUAUAAAGUAAUCGCUAAACUAUACAAAGUGGUUUACAGAAAUACGAGUAGCAGACCACCUUUAUGGACAAAAAACCAAAGGCUUUUAGACCACUGAUCACUAUUUCUUGUUAGUAUACAACAUUUCAAAUAUAUUUGACAACAUAUUCUAUUUGUUUGCAAAAGAUUCCCAGUGCAAAAUGUAUUAUUUAUACUUUUACAAUUAGAAAUGAUUUCUGUCUUGAUGGACAGCUGUACAUCAGUGUUUUACUGUAGUAAAAUCAGUGCAGUUUGCGUCACUUGUGUCAAAAUCUGCUUUUGUUCAUUGAGAAUUAGCACAGUUUGUUUAAAAGUAUUAUGUGCUGUCACUAUAGAGAAAAUGAGAGUGCAGUGUGUGUGUGUGUGUGUGUGUGUGUGUGUGUAAAUGGAGCAGUCAGAGAUAUUCCGGAUGAGAUCACUGAGAUUACUGAAACAGAUUGUUUACUUUAACAAGCAUAUUUGUGCAUACCGAAUGUGUGUGUGGAAUGUGUGUGUGCUUGCUCUAAUUCUGUCUAAUUGCAUGAUCUGGUCAAAUGCCACAGAUUUUCAUUGAAGCAGAGAGGAAGUGUUCUAUUUUGUUACAGUGUCUGACAUACAGUACCACGAGGUCCUGAAUAAAGAUGAAGGAGUACAGUGAA